AUGAGUUUAUUUAAAUUGUUUCCAGACUGCUCUUCUCUUCACCCUAGUGGCUGUCGCCUACGGUGGAUUGCCUGGCAGGUGGCAGCAGCAUCUGCUCCCGCCGACAAGAUGGAUGACUUCGGAAACUAUGCUUUCAACUACGACAUUGUUGACCCAGUGGGGGCUACCAACGGCCGUUGGGAAGCUGGAGAUGGCUAUGGAAAUGUACAUGGAGCCUACAGUCUGACUGACACCGACGGACGUGCCCGCAGAGACUUCGGAAACUAUGCUUUCAACUACGACAUUGUUGACCCAGUGGGGGCUACCAACGGCCGUUGGGAAGCUGGAGAUGGCUAUGGAAAUGUACGUGGAGCCUACAGUCUAACUGACACCGACGGACGUGCCCGCAGAGUUGAAUACGUUGCUGAUGGUGCCGGUUUCCGUGCUGUUGUAAAGACCAACGAACCAGGUACCGCCGCUAGUGCUCCUGCAGCAGCCGUUGUGGCCUCCAGCCAACCUGGCGUUGUCGCUCACGGACCUGCUGUAGUAAAAACUGCUGUUGCUGCUCCUGCCUUUUUAGCACCCGCUGCUGCACCCGCUGUUGUCGCACCUGCUCCUGUUGCUGCUGCACCUGCCUUUGCUGCGGGUGUUUAUGGAGCUCCCGUCUUCGCUGCUGGAGCUUACGGCGCCCCUGCCUAUGCUGCUGGACUUUAUGGAGGUCUUGCUUCAAGGGCUGGAUUUUUGAAAUACCAUUAA